CACGGAGCCUGGUUGCUGCUGCAUGAUUUUCACAGGCUCGCUGGCCAAUAGAUAUGCUCAUGUCGCAUGAGAAAGGUGCAACCCUACCAUAUGCGCCGGGGAGCGCGGAGCGCAGCUCCAUGCCGGCCGGAAAAGUGCGUCGAUGCACAGCCGUCUUGCUCUGCGUUGCGGCCACCGCAUUCCUCUGCCCUCCCUCCUGGCGCACCGCACAUUUUCCCUUCCCAUCGCAGUGGACGUCGCCAGCAUCUCUCUCUUCUGCUGUAGCGCCGCUUCCCCCAGAGGGCGACGUUGACGUGGGCACCUUGUCGCUGGGCGACAUUCACUGGCACCAGUGCCCUGAAGAUAUUGACAGCGACAAGUUCGAGUGCGGCCGCCUCUCUGCGCCUUUGAACUACCUCAACUCCACGACCGAUCGCCGUCGCGCAUCCAUCUAUGUGACACGCUACAAGGCUCGUGUCGCUGAACACCCGCAAGAGCUCACCCGCCGCGAGGAUGUGCUCGGGACGAUUGUGCUCAAUCCAGGCGGACCGGGCGGAUCCGGCGUCGACUUUAUGACAACCCCGCGACCAGUAGCAAACAAUCUGACGUUCUCCGACUUGUUCAACCAGCUCACCAAGGGCCGCUAUGACUACCUUUCCUUCGACCCGCGUGGCGUCGGGCGCACAUGGCCGCGAGCCAACUGCUGGAAGAGUCCCGCUGAUUCGUGCGUAAACAACAUGGUCAGGGCAAGCCAAGGAAUGUACGGCAGCAUUAAGGGCGGUGGAGACGCACAUCUCGGCGAGCUGCUCGCUGAGAUGGAGCUCGUCUCGCAAGUGUGUGCGCAGAACGAGGAGACAAGGGACACCUUGCAGUACAUUGGUACGACAGCAACGGCUAGAGAUAUGAGGCUGCUGUACACCGCCGUCGGGGACACUGGUCUGAAUUACUGGGGCUUCUCUUAUGGUUCAACACUUGGCGCAACAUUUGCAGAUAUGUUCCCCAGCGAGGUCCGCAGGCUGGUCAUCGAUGGUGUCAUGCAGCCGGCAUAUUACUACCAAGGCCUGUGGAACGACACUUUCAUAAACACGGACGGUGUGCUGGAUGGCUUCUACGACGAAUGCGCCAAGGCGGGGGACGAAUGCGCACUUGCCAAAGGCCUUGGCAGCAGGGCUGGCCUCAAGAAAAGCCAUCAUCAGCACCUCGUUGAUACUAUCCGUGGCAAAGUCGAACGCCUUUACGAAAGACUCGGACAAAAACCAGUCGUCGUCGCCAACGCCACCCAUCCGGGUCUUUUGACUUGGUCGGACCUACACGAUACCAUCUUCCAUGCACUCUAUGCGCCGGUGUCGUGGAAUGCUCUUGCGCAGGACCUACAGCGUUUGAUCGAUGGAGACCCUGUCCCCUUCUUCGAAAAGCACGGGCUGAAGCCUUGCGAAACGGGCGCAAUCACACACAGGAAACCCAGCAGCGCCGAAGCCACAGUGGCCAUCACGUGUGGCGACACAGGAAGGCGAUUCGUGCAGAGGCCGACGGUCAAGUACUGGAAAGUAUUCUUGAAGCAAAUGUUCAGGCUCAGCCACCAUUUCGGAGCAACCUUUUCCGAAUCGAUUCAGUGCCACGGCAGUUGGCAGAUCCACUCUAAUGAGCCCUGGCUCGGCGAUUUUACCAGUCCCACCGCUCAUCCGCUCUUAAUGAUUGGCAACUCGUACGAUCCCGUCACGCCAUACGCCAAUGCUGUCGUCAUGAGCAGCCUCUUCCCUAACUCGAGCGCCGUCCUGCGCAGAGGCUACGGGCAUUGCAGCAUUAGCCAGAAAAGCCGCUGCAUUGAGCACAUCGUCGGCGACUACUUUCUCGACGGCACGCUGCCCCCCAACGGCACUGUCUGCGAUGUCGACUCGUGGGACCAACCUCUGUUUGGCACCAAGCCGAGCCAGUAUAUGCAGCAACAGGAGGUUGAGGCUUUGCACGAAGGUGUGGCCGGGCAGCUUCUAACGCACGCAGCUGCGGAUAUUGCUGCUUUCCAGCGCGGUCGCAGAUUGUUGGGAGUAUGACUAAUUGUUCCCUAAAGUGCGCCUCGCAAGACGGCGGAUGUAAUUCCACGAAAGCUUUUGGAGCCUCCCCUGCGCCGUAAUUCCGCAUUCCCUCUUCGCCGGUCCAAACUUGGCCUUGCAGUCGUUGUAUGUAUAUAUCCGCAUGAAUACGCAUGUAGCGCGAGAGAACG